CUGCGGCCGCCCCCACCUCGGCCGCGCGAGGACCGGCGUCGGGGGCUGUGGCCGCGGCUGAAGUGACUGUGGAGGACGCCGAGGCGCUGCCGGCGGCGGCGGGCGAGCAGGAGCCGAGGGACCCGGACCCCGACGACGACACCGAGCUGCGGCCGCGGGGCAGAUCACUAGUAAUUAUUAGCACUUUAGAUGGACGAAUCGCUGCCUUGGAUGCUGAGAACCGUGGCAAGAAACAAUGGGACUUGGACGUGGGAUCUGGCUCGCUGGUUUCAUCCAGCCUUAGCAAGCCAGAGGUAUUUGGGAAUAAGAUGAUCAUUCCUUCCCUGGAUGGAGAUCUCUUCCAGUGGGACCGAGAUCGCGAGAGCAUGGAAACCGUUCCUUUCACAGUUGAAUCCCUUCUUGAAUCUUCUUAUAAAUUUGGAGAUGAUGUUGUUUUGGUUGGAGGCAAAUCUCUCACUACCUAUGGCCUCAGUGCAUACAGUGGAAAGGUGAGGUACAUCUGUUCCGCGUUGGGCUGUCGCCGGUGGGACAGCGACGAAAUGGAAGAGGAAGAGGACAUCCUGCUCCUGCAGCGCACGCAGAAGACCGUGCGAGCUGUCGGGCCUCGCAGCGGCAGCGAGAAGUGGAAUUUCAGUGUUGGCCACUUUGAGCUUCGAUAUAUUCCAGACAUGGAAACAAGAUCCAGAUUUAUUGAAAGCACCUUUAAGCCCAGUGGAAACAAAGAAGAGUCUAAAAUUAUUUCAGAUGUGGAAGAACAGGAAGCUACCAUGCUGGACACGGUCAUAAAAAUCUCAGUUGCUGAUUGGAAGGUUAUGGCAUUCAGUAAGAAGGGAGGACAUCUGGAAUGGGAGUACCAGUUUUGUACUCCAAUUGCAUCUGCCUGGUUGCUUAGGGAUGGAGAAGUCAUCCCCAUCAGUCUCUUUGAUGAUACAAGUUAUGCAUCUAAUGAGGACGUUUUGGAAGAUGAAGAAGACAUCGUAGAAGCUGCCCGAGGAGCAACGGAAAACAGUGUGUACUUGGGAAUGUACAGAGGCCAGCUGUACCUGCAGUCAUCUGUCAGAAUUUCAGAGAAGUUCCCCACAAGCCCCAAGGCUUUGGAGUCGAGUGAAAACGCGAUUAUUCCUUUGCCAACCAUCAAGUGGAAGCCCUUAAUUCAUUCUCCUUCCAGAACUCCAGUCUUGGUAGGGUCUGAUGAAUUUGACAAAUGUCUUAGUAACGAUAAAUUUUCUCAUGAAGAAUACAGUAAUGGCGCACUUUCGAUCUUACAGUACCCAUAUGAUAACGGUUAUUACCUGCCAUACUACAAGAGGGAACGGAACAAGCGAAGCACGCAGAUCACAGUCAGAUUCUUUGACAGCCCGGGUUACAACAAGAAUAUCCGCAAAAAGGACCCUGUUCUUCUCCUGCACUGGUGGAAAGAAAUCGUCGGAACCAUCCUGUUCUGUAUCGUAGCGACGACGUUCAUCGUGCGCAGACUCUUCCGGCCUCAGCCUCACAGACAAAGGAAGGAAUCUGAAACUCAGUGUCAAACUGAACAUAAAUAUGAUUCUGUAAGUGGUGAAGCCAGUGACCGUAGCUGGAAUGACACGAAGAACUCUGGAUAUGUGUCACGCUAUCUUGCCGAUUAUGCUCCAUACUAAUACACCUACUCCUAAUUUUCAGUUCAAGGGAGACUUCUGUUUUACUUCAUUUUCUGUUGUCAGUACCAGAUAGAUUUCUUCAGAUUUGGACAACCUUCAGCCUCUCUUUACUUUGUCUGAUUCAGGGAAUUGGCUCGGGAAAAAGUGAUGCGUGAAGUUAAAGCCUUGGCCAAACUCGAGCACCCUGGAAUUGUGAGGUAUUUCAAUGCCUGGCUGGAAGCACCACCAGAGAAGUGGCAAGAAAAGAUGGACGAAAUCUGGCUGAAAGACGAGAGCACAGACUGGCCCCUCAGCUCUCUCAGCCCAAUGGAUGCACCAUCUGUUAAGAUCCGCAGGGUGGAUCCCUUCUCCACAAAGGAGCAUAUCGAGAUCAUCGCGCCUUCGCCACAGAGAAGCAGGUCUUUCUCUGUGGGGAUUUCCUGUGGCCAGACCAGCUCCUCCGACAGCCAGUUCUUCCCGCUGGAACUGUCGGUAGCAGACUGCGGAGACAGCAGUGGGUCAGCGGACGCAGCGCACAACCUGCAGGACAGUUGCCUCACAGACUGCGACGUGGAGGACGGCACCAUGGAUGGCAAUGGCGAGGGGCACUCCUUUGAACUCUGUCCUUCAGAGGCUCCCAAUGUAAGGUCAAGGGAGACAUCCUCUUCUAUAGUGUUUGAGGAUUCCGGCUGUGAUAACGCAUCCAGUAAAGACGAGCUCAAAACUAACCGGGUGCAUAUCGGCAACCACUGUGCUAGUAAAUUCGCUGCCUUCCCGUACUCCAGCAGCAAGUCUUCUUCGGAAGCCACCCUGUCCAUUUCUCCUCCACGACCAACCACUUUAAGUUUAGAUCUCACUAAGAACACUGCAGAGAAACUCCAGCCCAGCUCUCCAAAGGUGUAUCUUUACAUUCAGAUGCAGCUGUGCAGAAAGGAAAACCUCAAGGACUGGAUGAACCAGCGGUGCAGGCUGGAGGAGCGGGAGCGCGGCGUGUGUCUGCACAUCUUCCUGCAGAUCGCCGAGGCCGUGGAGUUUCUGCACAGUAAAGGGCUCAUGCACAGGGACCUGAAGCCGUCCAACAUAUUCUUCACACUGGAUGAUGUGGUCAAGGUUGGAGACUUUGGGUUGGUGACGGCCAUGGACCAGGACGAGGACGAGCAGACAGUGCUGACCCCCAUGCCAGCGUACGCCACGCACACGGGGCAGGUGGGGACCAAACUGUACAUGAGCCCCGAGCAGAUCCAAGGAAAUAACUACUCUCAUAAAGUGGACAUCUUUUCCUUAGGCCUGAUUCUGUUUGAAUUGCUGUACCCAUUCAGCACGCAGAUGGAAAGAGUGCGGGUAAGGAACCGUUCCCCAGAAAAUAUCAGAAUAACCCACAGUGUACCAGAGGAAUACAUGAUGGUUCAAGACAUGCUCUCCCCCUCCCCCACGGACCGGCCCGAAGCCACAGAGAUCAUUGACAACGCUCUCUUUGAGGACUUGGAGGUGCCCGGGAAAACACUGCUCCGACAGCGCUCGCGCUCACUGAGCUCCUCGGGACCGCACCCCGCGAGGCUGCCCAGCAGGUCCCGCGUCCCCGCGCCCAGCAGUUAGCCCUGCCACCGCCGAGUGAGCAGUUAAUCCUGCACCACGCGCCCUGCGCCCUGCGCCUUGCGGUCAGCCCGAAGCAAGGGGCUGGGUGGACACAGCGGCCUCCUAGGAUCCCACCGCGUUCCAGAGUGGCGGAUGUGAACAUUUUAUUUUCUGCUCUGCCUUAUUUUGGGCUGCACCUUCCAAGUCAAACCAAAACCAGGUUUGGGGCCCGACCGUGUUUUCAGCCAACAACUUGCGUUUUGCGGUUCUCCCAGCACAGGACUGGGGGUGGGGUGGGGGUGGGGGGCUGCUCGGCUCCCUUCAGCCUGCUGGCCAGCUUUACAGCCUCGCCUUUUGCCUCAGAGGUAGGAGCAGUCCCUAAAAUACAGAGAGCUUUACUGUGGAAAUAUUUUUAUAAUGCAGAAGAAUAAACCCUCCCCCCAUUGUGGAAACUUUAUUGUUCUAGAAAUACAUUUUCUAGAAAGAUAAGAUGGGGGCCGGGGAGAUAGCUCAGUAGAAUAAGAGCUUGCCUGACUAGCGCAAGGCCCUGAGUUCAAUCUCCAGUACCGAGGGGAAAAAAAAAAAAAAGAUAAGACUUGGAAACUGAUUUCUAAAGAAGCUGACUUCUUUUUUGUCCCUGGUGGGUAAAUAAAGAAUCUGCACUAUUUUGGAGGACAAGUAGCACAAACUGUAUGACAGUUUAUGUCUGUAGUUUUAUGGUCCUAUUUGUAGCAUCAAAUAGUUUUAUUCCUUAGAUGGUUCUAGUGAAGGUUUAAGACAUUUUUAUACUUUUACCUCCAGUAAACCCAAUAAGGGAGAAAUGAAGCUUCAUGUGUAAAUUCUUGUUGGGAAAGAAAAAACUGUAGUUUCACCAGGGUCACCGUCUUACAACUAACUUCUUCAGUGAUGGGCUUUUUAACCUCAUAAAAUCAUUAGUCCUCUGUGUAAUCCUGCAGGUGGGUGUAACCCUCAUCCCCAGACCGAGUCUAGAUAACAGCUUAAUCGCGUUGCAUCCCGAUGGGUUUUUGUUUUCAUCUGUAAAUAUGUUUAUUUUUUAUUUAUAAAAAUUCUGAGAUCAAUCCAUUUGGGUUGGUGGUAUACAGAGCGCACUCAAGUGUGUUAACUAUUGUGACUUCUUUCAAGUCUAAAUGAUUUAAU